GAUGAUCAGAAGCUCCUCCCUCUUACAACACUAACCAGGAAGAGACUGACUUGUUAUUUCUCCUUUCUGUCACUGAUUUUCUUCUCUUUGACAAAAGCAAACAAGAAUCAGUCAUCAGAGGACGACGAAGAGAAAGACUUUGAAGAAGUUUGUUUCUGAACAGAGCAGAUCUUUGUGAUUCUCGAGGUUAUUCAUGUUUGAAACCGUCGUUCAGAAAGUGAAAGUAAAGUUUAGGUUGCUGGAGCUCAAACAGUGAAAAUGGCUUCAUCAGCUGAAUAUGACUAUAAUUGUCCCGUAUGCUGUGAUAUCUUCAAGUCUCCUGUUCUUUUAUCAUGUAGUCACAGUGUCUGUAAAGAGUGUCUUCAACAGUUCUGGAGAACCAAGAAAACUCAGGAGUGUCCUGUCUGCAGGAGAAGAUCCUCAAAAGAUCGUCCUCCAAUAAAUCUUGCAUUACAAAACUUGUGUGAGUCGUUCCUGAAGGAGAGAAAUGAGAGUCGUUCAUCAGGAUCUGAGGAGAUCUGCAGUUUACACAGUGAGAAACUCAAACUCUUCUGUCUGGAAGACAAACAGCCGGCGUGUGUAGUGUGUGUUACUUCAGAACAACACGACAAUCACAAAUUCAGACCCAUCAGUGAAGCAGUUUCAUCAUAUAAGAAGGAGAUCAAUACAGAACUGAAGUCCUUACAGAAGAAACUUCAACACAAUGAAAACAUUAAAGGAAAGUUUGAGAAAACAGUUCAACACAUCAAGUCUCAAGCUGAGCACACAGAGCGUCAGAUUAAACAGCAGUUUGAGAAGCUUCAUCAGUUUCUCAGAGAUGAAGAAGAAGCUACAAUCACUGCACUGAGAGAGGAAGAGGAGCAGAAGAAGCAGAUGAUGAAGGAGAAGCUGGAGGAGAUGAACAGACACAUCUCAGCUCUUUCACACACAAUCAAAGACACGGAGGAGAUGAUGAAAGCCAGUGACGUCUGCUUUCUGAAGGAGUUUCCAGUCACGAUGGAAAGAGUCCAGAUCUCAUCACAGCCGGAUCCACAGACUCCUUCUGGAGCUUUGAUUCAUGUGCCGCGUUACUUGGGCAACCUGCCCUUCAGAGUCUGGAAGAAGAUGCAGGACAUCGUCCAAAACACUCCUGUGAUUCUGGAUCCAAACACUGCAGAUCCACAUCUCGUCCUGUCUGAUGAUCUGACCAGUGUGAGAUGGAGCUGGAACAAACAACCUCUUCCUGAUAAUCCAGAGAGAUUUGACUGUUAUUCCUGUGUUCUGGGUUCAGAGGGUUUUAACUCAGGAACACACUGCUGGGAUGUGGAGGUUAAAGAGAGUCCGGUCUGGAUUCUUGGAGUAACUACAGAAUCAAACCAGAGGAAGGGACUUGUUUUCUUUGACACUGAUGUCUGGAGUGUGCAGCGUGGAUGGCCUGAUCAGUUUGGUUUUCCUGUUAAACAGGAUCUUGAGCGUGUGAGAGUAGAUCUGGACUAUGACAGAGGAACAGUGUCAUUCUCUGAUCCUGUAACUAACACACAUCUACACACAUUCACAACCACCUUCACUCACACACUCUUUCCUUUCUUCUGUGGUGGCUCUCUGAGGAUCUUAUCGUUCAAUAGUCAGUAAAUGUUACUCCUGUAGUUCUGGAUCCACCUGCUUUCAUCUUUUACACUCGUCAUGUUUCCAAUAUUUGAUCCAUAUCACAAUUUGUUCAACAUGAGACUAAAUGAAUAAUUGUUUAUUUCAGUUCUAGAGGUUAAAUGAUGAAUGUGAUCAGUUUGUUCACUGGUGUAAAUCAGAGAUGGGUAACUGACGUCUGCAGUGUUUUUAAGUUCGGCCGCUGGAUCAUCUUAUGCUCGGAUGAUCAAUCUGACAACAUUUGAUAAGUAAGACACAGAAAGAUUGCUCUCAGUUUAUGAUAUUAAUAACCUCUGACUGUAUUAAUUACAGUGUAAUAUGAUGUGCACUCGGAUGUCAUCAUUCACUAACAUUAGAAACAAAUAAAUCAACAAUUGACAGUGAAAAUCAUAUUUUCUGCUCAAGAUGGUAAAUAGUUUAUGUUUAUAGCAAGUUCAAGGUGAAACCCAUAUGUUUGGAUUGUUUUGAAGUGUAAUAAUAAAAGAUUUCAGUUUAAAUCUCCAUUACAUCACUGUUCACAAAGAAGUAUGAAAGAUACACCGGUGACGUCAGAGCUGCUCUUGACUCAAAUAUCAAAGAUAAAACACAAAUCAACAAAACCUUUUUAGCAAAUGUAUGACAGAAAUGUUUGCUCUGGAUUAUGUUCUUAGAGUCUCCGCAGGUCCUUAAAAGACUUUAAAAUAAAUAAAAAAUGAUAAAAGAAA